AUGAAUGUAAAGUAUUCAAUCUUGUUCAUUAUCAGUCAAUAUUUAACAUUAUUCUGGUAUAGGUACAGUAGCACCAACUCAAGAAGUGAAUUAUUCCAGCACAGUAAAUCAAGAGGUGCCUCUUCUUCCUCAAGUAGACCAGGGCUUUCGAAAAAGGUACAACAAAAGAUUGAUAAGCAAAAUGCACUUUUAAAAUUCAAAACAGAGCAAAAGGCUCUAAAGGAAGUCAAGCGCCCCUCAUGUGGGUUAACAACACACGCGCAAUUAGCGAGUAACUUGUGCCCAAAAAAGAAAGCAAAAGUACCUGUUUGCAGCCCUGAUGAAAGGGUUGAAAGCUUUGUCAUCAAGACAUCCUUACCUAAUGUUUGUAACAAUCAACAAUUUGUUCAGCAUAUCAAGGAUCUAGCAGAUUAUACCACCAAAAUUUUGUUUGUGGGAUCCCUUUUUGCCAAUUUCAUCUUCAUCAAACUACUCGAUGAUGGCCUGGCUAUUCCAAUUAUUGAACAAAGUUUAUUCACAAAUAUAUUUGCGGGAAGAAAACCGACUGAUUUUUACUACCAUUUGUUCAAUUUUACAAAAUUGGGAUUUUGUACUAGAGACAGUCUUACGAGUGGGAAGAAGUUUAGAAACGUUAUAACGACGGAUGAUCAUUCAAUAUCUUUUCCUUUUACCCGAACUGUCAAGAGAUCUUUGACAACAACUAGAAGUCCCUCAGAUUUUACUAAUGACAUCCAAAAUGGUUGUGAUAUUUGGGGAGUAGACCCUGGUGUUUCUACAACCUUAACCGCCGUAGAUACACCUAGAAGGCAAAGGACAACAAGCUUGGACGAGUAUUAUCAUCUGUAUGGCUAUAAUGAUGCAAAUUUUAUACGAAAGAAGCACCAAGAACAACACACGGCUCAGUUUUUGAAAAUUUCUAAUUUAAGCUCACUGAAGACAUCAAAUAUCACAGAGUUUGCAAAAGCCUGA